AGGACCUCACUCUACUUCAGGCUCACUACAACUUCACUAUGUAGCCUCAGACUCAGAAUGAACUACCUAGCUUAGCCUCCUGAUUGCUGGGAGUAAAGUGACUUGCGGUGACCCAGCAAUGGUUUGCACACUGUGGUCUUGAGAAGAUGCUUGCAAGAACCCAGAAGUGACUCAGUGAAGGCAGUCAGCUUCUUUUGCAUUUGGUAGGGUGGACACUAAACAGGAGUGAUGCCUCCAGGCAGGUGGCAUACUGUCAGACCAGCUCAGGCCCAGGCUUCAAGGGAGCGAAGGCGUCUUCGCACUGUGAAGAAAGAAGAGGAGGAUGAUAGCUCUACUUCAUUGUGCACUGCUAGGCCACAGACACUCAACCGCCCUGGCCAAGAGCUGUUCCGCCAGCUCUUCAGACAGCUUCGCUACCAUGAGUCUUCUGGGCCCCUAGAAACUCUGAACCGCCUCCGGGAACUCUGCCGCUGGUGGAUGAGGCCUGAUGUUCUCUCCAAGGAGCAGAUCCUGGAGCUGCUGGUGCUGGAGCAGUUCCUGAGCAUCCUGCCCGGGGAACUGCGGACCUGGGUGCAGCUCCAUCACCCUGAGAGUGGUGAGGAGGCUGUGGCCCUGCUGGAGGAGCUACAGAGGGACCUUGAUGGGACACCACAGAAGGAUCCACGCCUUGCUCAGAGCCUAGAUGUGCAUUGGAUGGGGACAGGAGCCUUGCAGUCUGCACAGAUAUGGCCCUCUUCUUCACCUCUCAAGAGUGGCUCUGCUCUUGGGGACCACCUGGAACCUCCCCAUGCAGUAGGAGUGUAUGACUUCCUGGCUGGGCAAUCUGAUCCUUUUGCCGCCCAGAUGCCUUGCCCUUUGCAGAGAGAGGGGAGCACAGACAAGCAAGUUACCUCUGCCAGGUCCUUGACAGCCCAGCCCCAGGAAGCUUUGACUUUCAAGGACGUGGAGGUGACCUUCUCUCAAGAUGAGUGGGUCUUCUUGGACUCAGUUCAGCGCAACCUAUACCGGGAUGUGAUGCUGGAAAGUUAUGGGCACAUAGCUUCUCUGAUGGGACCAUCUUCCAAACCUGCUGUGAUCUCCUGGCUGGAAGCAAGGGAGCCAUGGGUCCAGACUGUCCAUGCAGUUCAGCCUAGCAGUGAUCUGUGGACUAUCCCUGCAGGAGGUGAGCCCCAGAUUUGGACAAGCAAGGUCAUCUUAGAACAAAACCCUUUGAAAUGUACAGAAACCUUCACUGUGCCACCUGUAUGUCCUGCAACAUGUGUUUAUGAGGGAACCAGGCUCAGAACAUCUUUUGGACCAAACAGUAGUCUACAGAAGCACUGUGGCAGCCCGAGAGAAGUGAGAGUUAAGAAAGAAGAGAUUGAUUUCAAUGACAUGACAGAAAAAGAACCUGAAGUGACAGGAAGAAGUAAUAUUGUUGAUCUAAAACAUGGUACGUAUGUGAGAGUUUCCAUGAAAAAGCAAUCCCUUAAACAUGGCUGUGGCAGACACUUCAGAAAAAGUUCACACCAUUAUGACCACAAGAAGUCUGGGAAAGGGCCCCCACACACAGUCGAAGGGCUUGGAAUACAUCAGAGAAUUCAUACCGGCUUGAGAGGGAGUGAAAAGGACACUUGUGGAAAGGGCUUCAUCCUCAAUUCGCAUCACCAACAGGAACAGAAUUUUCAUCCUGUGGGGAAGUACUGUUGUCGUGACUGUGGAAGGACCUUCAGUAAGAGUUCCCAUCUUGCCUAUCAUCAGAGGAUUCAUACUCAGGAGAGGCCAUUUAAAUGUAAGGUGUGUCAGAAAGCCUUCAAAUGGAACUCAAACUGUUUGCGACAUGAGAAAAUUCACACUGGAGUGAAACCUUAUAAAUGCAGUUUAUGUGAGAAAGCUUUUCAGCGUCUAUCAGCCUACCGCCUGCACCAGGAAACCCAUGCUGGACAGAAAAUUGAAUCAAAUCAGUAUGAAGAAUCUCUCACUCACAGCUCAGUGCUUGAUCAUCAUUUGGAGGAGCAGAACGAGCAGAAGCUCUUUGAUUGCAGCCAGUGUAGGAAAUCCUUCCACUGUAAAUCCUAUGUUCUUGAACAUCAAAGGAUCCACACACAGGAGAAACCUUAUAAAUGCACCAAGUGUAGGAAAACAUUUCGGUGGAAGUCAAACUUUAAUCGCCAUGUGAAGCUGCACAAGACGGGAGAGUUUCGUGAAGAAGACAGAUGUCCAGACAACUUCAGGAAAAAGAAGCGCAGUCAGCCCCAGGUUGUCUCUUCUGUACGGAAAACUCUUCAGUGUCAUCAGUGUGGGAAAACUUUUGCUUAUAAGAAAACCCUCAUUGAACACCAGAGAAUUCACACAGGCGAGAAACCGUACUGGUGUAGUGAGUGUGGGAAAAGAUUUACCUACAGGUCAGCCUUUAUUGUUCAUAAGAAGAAGCAUGCCAUUAAAAGAAAACCUGAGAAUGGCCCAUCUUUCAGUCAAGACACCGUGCUCCAAGUUCCUCAAAACAGUGACACUACAAAGGGUCCUCUCAUAUGCAGCCAGUGUGGCAAAGCCUUCCGUAACCACUCACUCCUUCUCAUGCAUCAAAGAGUUCACACUAGAGAAAAGCCCUUUAAGUGCUGGGAGUGUGGGAAAGUUUUUCGAUGGAGUUCUAAUCUCUACCGACACCAGCGGCUGCACUCUUGGCGCCAUCAUUGUAAGAAAUCUUUGCCACAGCAAUAUGGGUACCGUAAAAGUGAAGAGACUCCAAAUCCAGAGUCAAAAGUCCUCACUAAGGAUAAGCCCUUUCGGUGUGAAGAGUGCGGGAAAACCUUUACACGUAAACGAAGUCUAUUAGAUCACAAGGGAAUACACAGUGGUGAGAAGCGCUUUAAGUGCAAUGUGUGUGGAAAAUCUUUUGAUAGAAAUUAUCUUCUUGUUAGUCACCAGAGUGUACACACUGUAGAGCGACCUUUUAAAUGUCAGUUGUGUGGUGAAGAUUUUGAUGGGUUAUAUGGCCUUUCUGUUCAUCAGAGAAAACAUACCAAGAUACUGCAGUCAGAAUUCUGUCUUCCUGACUUAUCUUCCUCCCAGGAUUCAAUCAUGAAUGUUCAAGAAUUAAAACCAAGUGUAGAGAAUCCCCUUGAAGUCUAUGAGGAGCCUUCAGGCCAGCGUUCUGUGUUCACUGGACUCCAGAAUGUACGCUCUAAGAAAAAGUGCUACAGAUGUAGUCUUUGUGGGAAAAGUUUUGGGAAGCGUUCACAACUCAUUAGCCACAAUAGAUUUCACACAAGAGAGAAGCCUUUCAGUUGUAGAGUAUGUGGGAAGGACUUUAGGUGGGCUUCCAAUUUUGCUCGACAUAAGAAAAACCACAUUUGGGCUGGAGAGAUGGCUUAGUGAUUAAGGCACUUGCCUAUGAAGCCUAAGAUCCCAGGUCAAUUUUCCAGUACCCAUAUAAACCAUAUGUACAAGGUGGCCCAUGCAUCUGGAAUUCGUUUGCAGUAGCUGGAGGCCCUAAUGGGCCCAUUCUUUAUCUGCCUCUUUCUGCAUCUUGCAAAUAAAUAAAGUACUUAGGAAGAGAAAGAGAGAGAAACCACAUUUAACACAAGCAUGGCAGCCAGGCAUGUCUGAACACACUUUUUUUGGGGGGGGGUUUCAAGGUAGGGUCUCACUCUAAUGCAGGCUGACCUGGAAUUCACUGUGUAGUCUCAGGGUGGCCUCGAACUCUUGGCAAUCCUACUU